AUAAACAAAAAAUUGAUUUCUUGUUGUUUUUCUUCAAAUAAGAUAGUUAUUUCAUUUCAUUAAAAUGAAUUACUGAAUUAUUAAUAAGAAUUUUAAAAUGUUGAUGUAAAUAUAUAAGGAGGAUAAAAAACAAAAAUCAAAACAACCAUGAGUAGAAUACAGUGGCGCCUUCGAGGAUUUCCAAAAAAACUAUUAUCUCGCAUCAAACAUCGAUGGAACUACAUGAAAAUAUGUUUAAAUUCGUUGACUUAUAAUCAUCAUAUGAAUGCGAGUUAUGCGAGUGAUGUUCUUAUGGAACCAGUCUUUUGGUUUGUCGACAAUUACACAUGUUUAUUAGGACCGUUCUUUGUAAUUGGAGUUGCAUUACUCACUUCUGCUGUUGUUUACAUUUCCUAUUGGAUUGGUUUGCCUUUUUGGUGGGAAAGGAGUCAAAACUUUUCCAUUUUAGUUGUCAUCGUUGGCAAUUGGCUUUUGCUUAAUGUUAUAUUCCAUUAUGUUAUGGCUGUUAUAACGCCAGCUGGAAAUCCUCCACAGGAUUCUGUUUUAGUGGAAUCGGUUAGCAUGUGUAAGAAGUGUAUUGCACCAAAGCCUCCAAGAGCACAUCACUGUUCAGUGUGUAAAAAAUGUGUUUUAAAAAUGGAUCAUCAUUGUCCCUGGUUAAACAAUUGCGUUGGCUACGCAAAUCAUCGAUAUUUCUUCUUGUACAUGGUCUACACAACAAUCGGCUGCCUAUUCAUAAUCAUACUCGGUCUAGAGAUUGGCUACAACUAUUUGUGGCUGGGACAAGAAGAGAGUUGGACAGAAGUCGAGCCCCUCGUUGGUCAGCCAGUCAAAUUCAAUUUAAGUGGUCACAUUAUUCCAGUCACACACAUAAGUGAGUACGAAGAUAGUAUUGAUGGAUUGCGACCAGCGCAACACAUUCUGCCCACACCGCCACCAAGCUCUGCCAAUGGCUUGAGUAAAAGACGUGCUGUAAUUUUCAUGGCAUUCAUCAAUGUGGCAGUUGUGAUUGCCUUGGGAUCUCUUACAAUUUGGCACGCAAAAUUAGUGACAAAUGGAGAGACUAGCAUAGAAGCGCACAUAAACCAGUCAGAAAGGAAACGUUUCGCAAAAGAAAACAAAGUCUAUGUGAAUCCUUAUGAUUUUGGUCGCAAAAAGAAUUGGAAACUUUUUCUUGGUUUAGUUAGGGGAAGGUCUUUUUGGAGGAAUGUACUUUUGCCGUCUAUUCAUAAGCCAGAGGGUAAUGGCUUGGCAUUCCAUACUGUGAAAGACGAAUUUCUGUUGCACGAUGAAUGGCCAUAAUACUUUUUUGCAUCUCAUACUAGUCAAUUUUAAUUCUUUAACUUUUUACAUUUUGACAUAGA